CCUGGAGUCUACUCUUCAUUUUCCGUUUGCUGAAUUCAAAUGUCGUCACCAUUCGAGGACGCACUCAAUGCCUACCUCGAGACAACACAGCCGACCGCUGCUCCACAGCUUCUAGACGGAUUCGCAGUCUCCGCCGAUCCACGCUACGCGUACAACGCUCAGACCGGGCUCUGGCUAGAUAUUGCAUCGAACACGGUGUCGUACUAUGACGCCAAAACAUGCACAUAUGUGGCAGUUGACACUCAGGACAAUACUCAAUCGUCAGACUGGUUCGAGGGCGUUGUGCGGCUGGUUGUCGUUGACUCAGCGUGCUUUAGUCCUGGCCAGGCUGCUGAUGUUGAUAUUGUGGAGGGCUUGAGUAUCGGCCGUGAUGAACAUGAGGCCAGUAUCACGCCGCAUCUGCGAGUUCCCGAGAUUUCUGUGUCGCGGUUCCAUGCCCGGAUCUAUGCUGAGGACAUAACAGAAAGCGAGACCGUGGACAAUUGCGUUGAGGUGGGGUCGGAGGACGGAGAAAUCGAAGAACAGGAAGAAGAUGAUGCAAAAUAUUCAGAGGACGGCGAAUGUUCAGAUCACGAGGUAGAGGCCAAAACCGAUCCACAUCGUCUGCUCACUCUGUAUGUCGUUGAUCAGGGCUCCACGCAUGGCACGUUCAUCAACGAGGAACGGCUCUCGGAGCCAAAGUGUGCUAGCAAGCCUCAUGUGAUUGCGCAUAUGGACAGGGUAUCGUUCGGGCAGUGUGUAUUUGAACUGCAUGUUCAUGAGCAGUGGGCAUGCGCACGGUGUAGCGCAUCAGAACACAGCGAGAUCCCAACUCGUUCUUUUGCUUCAGCAAUGCAGCCUGAGGCGAAGAGUACGAAGUUGGUACCAGAUAUUCAGCAGGAGCGGAUCGAGAACCUAAGGGCUCUAAAGCGAAAGUAUAUGUCCAACAAGGGAUAUCAUAGGCACACGACUGGUAAGACAUAUACAGAUCGGGCAAAGCUGCGACGGAUGCAUCAGCCAACGCAGUUACCUGCACAACCAUAUUCAGACAUGGACGACCACACGUCACUUUCAGACGAAGGUGAUGCAUACGAGUUUACGGGCAACAGCGAGCGAGCAGGGCUGGGUCUACAAAACAUGUCUGAUCAAGACCGACGAGAGUACAAGGUAACCCGGCUGACGCGCGAGCGAUAUAUGUCUUCGUAGCACCUUUAUUUCCAUACUAGAAUUGCUCUGCUCGCGAUGCGAGCUCGGCUGCUAGUCAGCAUGGGUUGACACGUCGAUAAGAGCAUCACGG